AUGGUAUACCAAUCACCGCAAUAUAAUGGUGUUCCCAACCCUACCAGGUACCUCGUGUUGUUAGUUCUCUUCUCAAUUGCCAUGGCCGCUGAUAAAGAUUCCAUGAACUCGGGCCUCAUCCUCCUGAAUUGCGGAGGAUCAGGGCAAGACGAUGGUAGUGGUGGCCGUACAUGGGACGGGGACACUGGCUCUAAGUUUGCACCAUCGGUGGGAGGAGUUGCAGCCGGUGCUUCAUACCAAGACCCUUCCCUCCCCUCCAUGGUCCCUUAUAUGACUGCACGCAUCUUCACUUCAAAUUACACCUAUUCCUUCCCUGUCAGCCCGGGCCGCAUGUUCUUACGUCUUCACUUCUAUCCGGUUGCUUAUGGAAACUAUGUUGUCCCCGAUGCCUUCUUUGGUGUCACGACAGAUAAUCUUGUCCUCUUAAAUGGCUUCAAUGCUUCGCAAACAGCUCAGACAAUCAAUUGUGCCUACCUUGUCCGUGAGUUCUCCUUGAAUGUUUCUUCACGUAGCUUGGACCUCACAUUUUCCCCAUCAGCAUUUCAUAAUGGUUCGUAUGCAUUUAUCAAUGGCAUUGAGAUUGUGCCCAUGCCUAACAUCUUCACAACACCUGAGACAACAUUUGUCCAUGGUGAUUACAUAGCUCCAUUCACAUUCGCCGCUGACACGGCCUUCGAGACUAUGUACCGGCUCAAUGUUGGGGGCCAAGCCAUUUCCCCGAAAGAUGACACGGGCUUUUACCGCUCAUGGGACGAUGAUUCCCCAUACAUAUUUGGUGCUGGCUGUGGGGUGACCUACACCAAAGAUAGUAACGUGACUAUCAGGUAUACACCCAUAGUCCGGAGUUACAUAGCGCCACUUGAUGUUUAUGGUACAGCUCGGUCGAUGGGACCAAAUCCACAGGUCAACCUGAACUACAACCUUACAUGGAUUUUACCUGUUGAUGCCGGGUUCUUAUACAUUGUAAGGUUCCAUUUCUGUGAGAUUCAAUAUCCUUUUACCUUAGAGAAUCAAAGGACUUUCUACAUCUACAUCAACAACCAGACAGCGUGUGAUGCCAUGGAUGUAAUCUCCUUGAGCGGGGGAAUUGGUAGACCAAUAUACAAAGACUAUGCUAUCGUGGCUAGUGGUUCCGGUCAGGUGGACAUGUGGAUUGCACUGCACCCUUAUAUUUCAAGUAGAUCACAAUAUUCUGAUGCAAUACUGAAUGGUCUUGAGGUCUUUAAGCUACAGGGUCACGGAUCGAACAAUCUUGCUGAGCUCAAUCCUCCACUUCCACAAAAAUCCGAUGUGGAUCCUAAUAGGCUAUCUAACGGCCUAAGAAAAUACAAAGGUGACAUACUAGCAGCCAUCGGUGGCGGUUUUGCUUUGAUGUGGAUUGCUGUUUUCAGCAUGUGUGUUAUCUGCAGACGGAAGAAGGUAGCCAAGAGUUGCUGCAAAAACAACUAUACAUAUCUGAAUCGUCGCACAUGUGAUCUCGUCCAUCACUUCUCAAUUGCCGAAAUUCAACUUGCCACCAAAGACUUUGAUGAAGCCCUUAUCAUCGGCAGAGGCGGUUUCGGGAAUGUCUACAUCGGCGAGAUAGAUGGAGGGAUAAAGGUGGCGAUUAAGCGACUCAACCAGGAAUCCCAGCAAGGUUUUCAUGAGUUCCGGGCUGAAAUCGAGAUGUUGUGCAAUUUCCGCCAUGGCCACCUUGUAUCUUUGAUUGGCUACUGCAAGGACAAGAAUGAGAUGAUUCUGGUGUAUGACUACAUGUGUCAUGGAACACUACGCGAGCAUCUGUACGGUACCAAAAACCCAUCACUGUUGUGGAAGCAACGCCUUAAUAUUUGCAUCGGUGCAGCCCGAGGGUUGCAUUACCUCCACACUGGCACGGAGCAAGGAAUCAUCCACCGCGACGUUAAGACCACCAACAUCCUACUGGAUGAUAAGUUCAUGGCGAAGGUUUCUGACUUUGGUCUAUCUAAGGCAUGUACAGACACCGACAAGCCGCAUGUGAGCACUGCAGUAAAAGGCUCCUUUGGAUAUUUUGAUCCGGAGUACUUCCUGCUGCGGCGUCUCACCAGAAAAUCAGAUGUGUACUCCUUCGGGGUCGUGUUGUUUGAGAUCCUGUGUGCGCGCCCUGUGAUAAACACCAAGCUUCCAGACGAGCAAGUGAGCUUGCGUGACUGGGCGCUAUCUUGCCAGGAGAAGGGUGUACUCAGGCAGAUUGUUGACCCCUGCAUUAAGGAGGAGAUCACCCCCGAGUGCUUCAGGAUAUUUUCAGAGCUAGCAAAGAAAUGUGUUGCUGAUCGUAGCAUAGAUAGGCCAUCAAUGGGUGAUGUGCUUCAGAAUCUUGAGGCCGCACUGAGGCUGCAGGACAAUUCCAGCCGUGCCGGAGAGCCAUCAUCUCUUCAGGUCAUCGGGCUAGUGCAUUCACACAAAGCAUCGACACACUCUGUAAUUAGCGUCGCUGCACAGGAAGAGAUAUUUUCAAAUAUUAUGCAUCCAGAAGGCCGAUGA